UCUUUUUUUUUUGUGUCCUCCAUCAUGGCGAGUGACUCUCCUGCUCGAAGUCUGGACGAAAUCGACCUGUCCGCUCUGAGGGACCCUGCUGGCAUCUUUGAGCUGGUUGAGCUGGUGGGAAAUGGCACCUACGGGCAGGUGUACAAGGGUCGCCAUGUUAAAACAGGGCAGCUGGCAGCCAUCAAGGUCAUGGAUGUCACCGGGGACGAGGAAGAGGAGAUUAAAGCAGAAAUUAACAUGCUGAAGAAGUACAGUCACCAUCGGAACAUCGCCACCUACUAUGGAGCUUUCAUCAAGAAAAACCCUCCCGGCAUAGAUGACCAGCUAUGGCUGGUCAUGGAGUUCUGUGGAGCUGGCUCAGUGACAGACUUGAUCAAGAACACCAAGGGCAAUUCUCUGAAAGAGGAGUGGACCGCCUACAUCUGCAGAGAGAUUCUCAGGGGUCUGACUCAUCUCCAUCAGCACAAGGUCAUCCACAGAGACAUCAAGGGACAGAAUGUAUUGCUGACUGAGAACGCAGAGGUCAAACUAGUGGACUUUGGUGUUUCGGCCCAGUUGGACAGGACAGUCGGAAGGAGAAACACAUUUAUUGGGACACCAUAUUGGAUGGCACCAGAGGUCAUUGCUUGUGACGAAAACCCUGACGCCACAUACGACUUCAAGAGUGAUUUAUGGUCACUGGGGAUCACAGCAAUAGAGAUGGCUGAAGGAGCACCACCGCUGUGUGACAUGCACCCAAUGAGAGCCCUCUUCCUGAUCCCACGCAACCCUGCCCCCAGACUCAAGUCAAAGAAGUGGUCAAAGAAGUUCCAGUCAUUCAUAGAGAGCUGUCUGGUGAAGAGCCACAGCCAGAGACCCAGCACAGAGCAGCUCCUCAAACACCCAUUCAUCAGAGACCUUCCCAACGAGAGGCAGGUCCGCAUCCAGCUGAAGGACCACAUCGACCGCACCAAGAAGAAGAGGGGAGAGAGGGAUGAGACAGAGUAUGAGUACAGUGGCAGUGAAGAGGAGGAUGAAGAUAGAGAAAUGGGCGAACCAAGCUCCAUCAUCAACAUCCCUGGGGAGUCAACCCUGAGGCGGGACUUCCUGCGCCUCCAGCUGGCCAAUAAGGAGCGUUCGGAGGCGCAGCGGCGGCAGCAUCUGGAGCAACAGCAGAAUGAGGAGCACAAGCGCUUGCUGUUGGCUGAGAGACAGAAACGCAUCGAGGAGCAGAAGGAGCAGAGGAGGCGGCUGGAGGAGCAGCAGCAGCGAGAACGUGAGCUGAGGAAGCAGCAUGAGAGGGAACAGAGGAGGCGCUACGAGGAAAUGGAGCAGCUCCGCAGAGAGGAGGAGAGGAGGCAUGCCGAGAGAGAGCAGGAGUACAAGCGUAAGCAGAUAGAGGAGCAGCGGCAGGCGGAGCGGCUACAGAGGCAGCUCCAGCAGGAGAGAGCCUACCUAGUGUCUCUACAACAGCAGCAGCAGCAACAACAGCAGCAGCAGCAGGAGGGAAGGCAAGCAGAGAAGAAACAGCUUUACCACUACAAAGAUGUCAUCAAUCCUAAUGACAAGCCUGCCUGGGCUAAAGAGGUCCCGAAGCAGCAGCAUGCUCACGGUAACCCACCCCGCUCCCACCUACGACAUCACCAGUCAUUCAACCAACCAGCUUCAUCCUCUGGCUCUCAAGGCCAACCCAGAGCUCAGGCCCCUAGGCGAACCCCGUCCCAUGGUGCCCAGCUCCUCUCCACCCACCUCCCCCAUAUCCAUAUUUCACUAGACCCUGGGGAAUCCCUAGAUCCGGGGCUGACGCAGGAGAUAAGUCAGCAGGUCAGAGAGUUUAGGGCUCAAAAACUCAGUCAGAGGAGCUGCAGCCCGGGGCCCAUCCAGGAAAACAACCAGAUUGCUGGCCAAGGACCCAGUAAGGUUUCUAGUAAGAGCCAUAAAGAGCGUUCUAGUCAAGGGCCAGUCAGCCAGUCUAAUCCACUACCCAUUCCGUAUCCUCUGGGGCACAGUAAUCAGAAAGAGAAACCUAGAGACAGGUCUAUCUCUGCCCCCAGUCAGGGAGCCAUCCAGAGGCUAAUGCCUCCAGACCUAAAGUUUAAGGCCCUUCAACCUCGUCCUCAGUCCCCAGGAUUGGUCCAGAAACCCCAGUCUGGAUCAAACCAUGACUCCAACCCUGCUGUCAAACUGGUGGAGGAGCGAUCUAAGCUGAACAGACAGAGCUCCCCAGCGCUGCAGCACAAAGUGUCGAACCGCAUCUCCGACCCCUCCCUCCCUCCCCGCUCCGAGUCCUUCAGCAGCGGGGGCAUGCAGCCCGCCCGCACCCCACCCAUCCACCGCUCCAUCGAACCACAGAUGGCUCACCUGGUUCCAGUGAAGACCCACUCCAGCUCUAUGUCCGGUUCUCAGUCUCUGCAGGACCAAGCGGGUUCAGCGCUGAGUGAGGGCGUCACUGUGGGGUCCCCAAGGCCUGAGAUGCCCCGACAGAACUCAGACCCCACUUCUGACACCCCCGGACCCCCGCUGCGCAUCACCGGCAGGGAGGAACGGGAAAGAGACAGGGAUCGGGACAGGACUGCCUGGCUGAGAGAGGAGGACAUUCCACCAAAGGUCCCCCAGAGGACCACUUCCAUCUCCCCAGCCUUGGUCAGGAAGAAUUCCCCUAAUGGAGGAUUGGGUCUGGGCCCUCGCACAGGUUCUCAGCUCAUACGAGCCAGUAACCCAGACCUGCGGCGCUCAGAGCUCUCUCUGGACGCCAUGCUGCAAAGAACCUCCUCCAACUCUUCAUCUUCCUCCUCCCCUUCAUCUCAGGGAGGCUCGGCCGAGAGGAGAGGUCAAACCAAGCAAGAAGGAUCUCCUCCAGGAGCCAAUCAGGAGGCAAAGUCCAAACAGGAGGAGGGUCGUGAAUCAGCCAGACCCAGCAGACCUGCAAGCUAUAAGAAAGCCAUAGAUGAGGACCUAAGUGCAUUGGCUAAGGAACUCAGAGAACUGAGGGUAGAGGAGGGCAGCAGACCUCCAGUCAAGGUGACAGACUACUCGUCCUCUAGUGAAGAAUCAGAGAGCAGUGAUGAGGACGGGGAGACAGUGGGGCAUGAUGGGACUGUUGCUGUUAGUGACAUCCCCCGCAUCAUGCCAGCAGUGCAAAACAGUGGUGAGUCGUAUGGAGGGCUGGCAGAGGACUCUCUGGGAGAUGCCUAUAAUAAAUCCAAGGACGGUACUCUAGUGAUGAGAGAGGCAGAGGAGAGGAGGAGAGGCGGUCACACCGAGAGUAACGGGUUCGGGAAUCACAGUAACCAUGGUAACCUCCCUGACCUGGUACAGCAGAGCAACUCUCCCUCAGCCACACCCACCACAGCCCUGCAGCAACUGGGCGACAUGGCCGAGUUUGGUGUGGGUGGAUCCAAAGCAUCCUUUACCCCAUUUGUCGAUCCACGGGUCUAUCAAACAUCCCCAAGUGAAAAUGACGAUGAGAACUCAGCAGCAGCCAUGUUUGCAAAUGAGCUGCUGAGGCAGGAGCAGGCCAGACUAAACGAAGCCAGAAAGAUCUCUGUGGUUAAUGUCAACCCCACCAAUAUCAGACCCCACAGUGACACACCUGAGAUUCGCAAAUACAAGAAACGCUUCAACUCUGAGAUCCUGUGUGCUGCACUCUGGGGUGUGAACCUGCUGGUGGGGACAGAGAAUGGUCUGAUGCUGCUUGACCGAAGUGGACAGGGAAAAGUGUAUAACCUGAUCACCAGACGGCGCUUCCUGCAGAUGGAUGUGCUGGAGGGGCUCAAUGUGCUAGUCACCAUAUCUGGGAAAAAGAAUAAGUUACGUGUCUACUACUUGUCCUGGCUGAGAAACAGAAUAUUACACAACGACCCAGAAGUGGAAAAGAAGCAGGGUUGGAUUACAGUUGGGGAGCUGGAGGGGUGUGUGCAUUAUAAAGUUGUAAAAUAUGAGAGGAUUAAGUUCCUGGUGAUUGCUCUCAAGAACUCUGUGGAAAUCUAUGCCUGGGCUCCCAAACCCUACCACAAGUUCAUGGCCUUCAAGUCAUUCGCUGAGUUGCAGCACCGUCCCCAGCUGGUGGACCUGACAGUGGAGGAAGGUCAGAGGUUAAAGGUCAUCUAUGGCUCCAGCGUGGGCUUCCAUGUUAUCGACGUGGACUCAGGCAACCCUUACGACAUCUACAUCCCCUCACAUAUCCAGAGCCAGGUGACACCCCAUGCCAUCGUGGUGCUGCCUAAGACUGAUGGAAUGGAAAUGCUGCUGUGUUAUGAGGACGAGGGCGUCUACGUCAACACCUAUGGUCGAAUCACCAAGGACGUGGUGCUUCAGUGGGGAGAGAUGCCUACCUCUGUUGCCUAUAUCCACUCUAAUCAGAUUAUGGGCUGGGGUGAGAAAGCCAUAGAGAUCCGCUCUGUGGAGACAGGUCAUCUGGAUGGAGUCUUUAUGCACAAGAGAGCCCAGAGACUCAAGUUCCUCUGUGAGCGAAACGACAAGGUAUUCUUCGCAUCAGUGCGUUCGGGAGGUAGCAGCCAAGUUUUCUUCAUGACCCUCAACAGAAACUCUAUGAUGAACUGGUGAUGGCUCCUCCCACAGUCCACUCGGCCUCGCUCUCCCAUUGGCCAGCCCGGCUACCCCACCUUGGCUCACGGCACAUCUCACAAAUGAACCCGACUGCCCGAAAGGCCACAAGUGAACUCUUUUAACACUGGACAGACAAAAAUGACGUAGAAAAAAAAACAACAAAGACCAGUUCUAAAAGAAGAGAGCCGUUACCCUAGAUUAUGUCGGGUCACGCAGAAGCCAUUGUUACUCAACUGACUGGCAAACUGGUGCCACUGACUUUCCAAAUACUCUCUUCUUCCCUCUCUCUCUGUCUGUCUGUCUGUAACUCUUUUCCCUUUUGUCUGUCUCUUCUCUCCAAAACGGACCAGUGCAUUCAAGUGUUCAGCAACCGCAGAAAUACACUUUACACCCGCCUCCUUCUGUCGCUCUUCUUCUUCCUUUUGUCCUCGCUUCUUAAGCCUCUGCUCCUUCACUCCUCCCUGCUAGAUCUAGUCAUCACAUUUUCAGUCCUCUGACACUUAUGUCCUCCAUUUUCCUCCCUUCCUGUCUGCCCUUGUUGGCUCAUUCCCCGAGAACUGCGCCUCAAAGGAUGGAGGAAGAGUAGAUGAUUGAGAUUUAAUAUCAAUUUAAAUAUGUACUUCUGAAUAUGCCAGUGCAGGGAGGGCACCUGAGGGAUGACAAAUCUGCUCUGGAUGUCAGCGGUGAAAGCAGACAGCCUGAUUGAUUUUCUUUUCCUCUGCCACUCCUCCUCUUCCUCCACUUCCUCCUCUCGCCAUCUUUUCGGGUUCGAGUAAACCGAAUUGUGAUUUAGUGUUCAAUCGCAUUUCGCUGAUAGAGAUGCGGUGCGACCCCGCUGUCAUAGGCAGGUCGCAAUGGUAUGCAAAGAUGAUGUCUCUGUCCCUUUAAAAUGAAACCACUGGUCCAUUCUGUCUUUUCUCUCCUUUCUUCCUCUUUCCCUCCUCUUGUCACCCCCAUCAUCAUCACACUCAUCUCCCUGUUUUCACUCUUUAAACUCUGAAGGUGCUGCAUCAGAUAUACUGUAAUAUUAAAUGAACAAUGAGAGCAUCAUUCUGUUCAUUCUGUUUAUUUCUGUUCUUCUCUUUUUUCUGUGUAACAGUUUGGAGUCAGUCAGUCUUUGAAGCUUGAUGAAAUGUACAGCACAUGUGUCUCUGAGGAGUGUAUGUUAUGUGAAUGCGGUGCAAUUGUAUGUGUGUGUGUUUGACUUGAUGUUGAAACGAGUCCCGUUCAAAUCGAGUUUGAAUCAAAGUGCGACAUUAAACUCAAUGUCCACAAAAAGAGUCAAGUAAUUCUGUCUCUGUGCGUGAACUUCAACCUUAAUGCAGUCAAAGCAACAUUGAGUGUGUUUACAAGCAGAUAUAUGAUAUUAUCAUCUUAGUAUGAAGUUUAUGAGUUGGUGUAUCUGAACACCAUGCAUUUAAAAAUAGGCAAUAUUAGUGGAUGAUUUUUUUGGCGUAUGUUUCUGUUUCCUUUAACACAGUAAUGUUCUGACUACUCACAACUACAGCCAUGUUGCUGUAGGAGAUCUGAAGAUGCGUAUAAAGAGCUUAUGAACAAGACCUCAAGAGGAUAUGAGCUACUGUCCCGAAUAUUGCGUGCACGUGAAAGCACUCAUUGUUGAAAGCUGUGGUGUCCUUUUGAAUCAUGCUCCUCCCUGAUUGGCUCUUCUGAUUUUGGCUCCUAACUGUUUGUACAGUGCCUAGCAUGAUGUAAGCAAAACUAAAAUGAGGCCAAGAGAUUAUCAUUCACGUUAUAAUUAAUAAUUUUAUGCCUAUGUGGUUACACUGUUUUUUCUUUUUCCUACUUUGGUGUGUUUUUGUGUGUUAUUAUCUAACUUUAACACAUUGCUGAUGUUAUUUUUCUCUUCUAAUGAAGAUGUACCUUAACAACUUUAAGACUUGAUUUUUUUUUUCUCUGAAAGGAGUGAGUGGAUAUGAUAUGACAAAAUCUUGCCAUUUCUUUCUAAAUAUUUAGUACAGCUCAAUCAUCUAUUGAGGGCAGUCAAAUUCGUGCAUGCCCAUCCAUGUCGGAGAGCAAAGUAAUGCAGAUUAGUCUUUGUUUCUGUGGGUAUACUGCAGAUUUGGCAGUAUGUUGGCCCAUGGUUAACAAACUUGAGGUGACACAAAAAAUAGACUCAUUCCCCAAUUACAGAAUGAAAUGAUCAUUUGGAUUGAGUUUUUUUUUGUUAAUUUAUUAAAAGCUUUCUGUCACAUCUUCAAGGACUUUUUACACAUCCAUGCAGUAGCUGUUCCUGCAGAGCUGUAAGUAAAGUUCACUGAUCUCUGAUAAGGGGAGCAGGCUAACAUUUAGCAAUAAACAGCAGAGCUGAAGAAACCACUGUCUUCCCUGUGUGUGCACGCAUGCAUCUGUGUGUAUGAUUACUGAACAAGUGUGAAUGGGGCAUUAUUACUAUGUUUGUCCAUUGUGGGAUUCACUCUUCCAAUUGGAAAAUGAUGAUGGUCGUUACACUGAGAAUUCUCCUUUCAAAGACGAAACCACUGUAUUCUUUAUUCUGUUUAUUUCUUGUUUUCUUUAUUUUGAAAGAGCAUUACUAAUGUCCUGUUUUGGGAUUUAUUUGUUUUGUAAAAGAGAUGCUGUAAGAGAGAAA